GGCGCGCAGGUGGCGGGUGGGACAGGGGUCGCUCUGCCCCCACUUUAACCAACCAGAAGGUUCAGCUCAGAUCGGAGCUGGCGCCAGUGCUGCUGCCAGCCAACCUGGGAAGCUCCACCAUCAUCGUACCUACAGUACGGCCCGUCCCUCAUUAUCAUUACCAUAUCUGACGUGCAGUUUUCUCAGCGACUUCACACCCUAGACGACAACACUUCACUUCGUUUCUCUCUCCAUCUCUCCUCCAUUCGCCGUCGGCUCGAAUCUCGCCCCCCUCCCCGCCUCGAUCAGUCGCCUGCCCGGCGAACCGCAGCCAUGUCUGGCGCAGCAGAUCGCGAAGCCGUGUUCCCCACGCGGCAAUCCCUAGGGCUCAUGAAAGCAAAGCUCAAGGGCGCCGAAACAGGGCACAGCUUGCUCAAGCGGAAGAGUGAAGCUCUCACCAAGCGCUUCCGAGACAUCACCCGGCGGAUCGACGAGGCGAAGCGCAAGAUGGGGCGGGUGAUGCAGAUCGCGUCGCUAUCGCUGGCCGAGGUGACGUACGCGGUGGGGGGCAACAUCGGGUACCAGAUCCAGGAGUCGGCCAAGUCGGCGCGGUUCCGCAUCCGCGCCAAGCAGGAGAACGUGUCAGGCGUGCUGCUGCCGGCCUUCGAGAGCUACCUGACCGAGGGCAACAACGACUUCGCCAUGACGGGGCUCGGCAAGGGCGGCCAGCAGGUCCAGCGCUGCCGCGAGACGUACGCCCGCGCCGUCGAGGCCCUGGUCGAGCUCGCCAGCCUGCAGACGGCCUUUGUCAUCCUCGACGAGGUCAUCAAGGUUGUCAACCGGAGAGUCAACGCCAUUGAGCAUGUCAUUAUCCCCCGGACCGAGAACACCAUCAAGUAUAUCAACUCCGAACUCGACGAGCUUGACAGAGAAGAAUUCUACAGACUCAAAAAGGUUGCCAAUAAAAAACAGCGGGACAACGCUGCUCUAGACGCCGAAAUGAAAGUGAAGAGAGAGGCGGCUGCGGCACGCGACCAGGAAAACCAGGCGCCAGCAGAGGCGAUUGAAGAGUCGGGCGACAUCCUAACCGCCGAGGAGGACGAGGAUGUCAUAUUCUGAGUGUUGGCGGGGGAAGGAAGGCUCAACUUUUCGGAAGCGCGCGUGAGCCAGAUUGUCUGUAUAUACACAUUGUUUCCAGUAAGUCUAGACCCGAGGCGCAAAUCUUGGAGUUUCACUGCCGUUGUCAUUGUUUGGCUCUUUGGUGUCCUGUUUUUUCAACUACAUCGGGUAUCGCAUCAAAAAGAUACCCUAUCCUCCGCCCGUAAUUAAGUCCGACUUCGUCGUGGAUCAGAACCUAUCU